UCUAGCAAACAGCUUCGUGCGCCGAGAUAUCAUGCAAGGCAGUCUCGCCUAUACUUCGAGGAGAGAUGGCCGGGUACCUCAAGGAACUCGUGCACAACGUCGUCGAGGCAAACUCGCAGGACCUGUGGGAACUGAGUCGCUUCGUCUGGGAGCAUCCGGAACUAGCAUUCAACGAGGUGCAAUGCCACGACUGGCUCACGGACUUUCUGGAACGACGCGGCUUCAACGUGACGCGGCGUUACCUCCUGGACACGGCCUUCAAGGCGGAGUUCGGAGCUCCCUGUGGCACCGAAGGACCAUGCGUGGCCUUGCUGUGUGAGUACGAUGCCCUGCCCGAUAUCGGUCACGCUUGCGGCCACAACCUGAUCGCCGAGGCCUCCGUGGGCGCUGCGCUGGCUGUGUGCGAGGCCAUGAAGAACCACAAGGACAUUCGCGGCAAAGGCAACGAAGUAGAUGCUGCUGCAGCCUUGCAAAUCUCGUGCGGCGCUCAACAGGUGGUCGUACUGGGCACGCCAGCGGAAGAAAACCGCUGUGGCAAGGAGCUGCUGAUACGAAAGGGCGCCCUGCAGGGAGUCGAUGCGGCUCUCAUGGCCCACCCAGCUCCGGAUGACAUCGUGGCAAUCGGCUUCGCUGCGUCGCAGCAGCUGUCACUCCGCUUCAGAGGCAAAACAGCCCAUGCUGGAGCGUGGCCGUGGGAGGGACUGAGCGCCCUGGACGCUGCCGUCGCUGCGUACGUCAACGUCAGCCUCCUCCGACUGCAGCUGAAGCCGACCAACAGAAUUCACGGCGUCAUCACUGAAGGUGGAAAGUCCCCGAACGUGAUCCCCGAGGAGACAGAGAUGUGCUUCACCGUUCGGGCUUCGACUGCCGAGGAACUGGCCCCGCUCCUGCGGAAGGUGGAGGCCUGCUUCAGAGCGGCGGCCGAGGCCACGGGCUGCUCCCUGGACAUGGAGAAGAGGUUGCCGUACAUGAACAUCGUGCACAAUGCCGCCAUCGCGGAAACCUACCGGAAGCACGCCCACGCGUUCGGUGUGUCCUUCCUGGACGACAUCGUGAAGAACCUGCCGCCCACGGGGGGAGGCACGGACUGCGGCAACGUGUCGUACCGGGUGCCCGCCAUCCAUCCGGUGUUCGCCGUUCCUGCCGCCAAGGGAUCGGCGAACCACACGCGAGGUUUCGCCACCGUAGCCAACGCCGCGGACUCCCAAGCGCCUACGCUGAGGGUGGCCAAAGUCCUGGCGCUGACGGCGCUCGAUCUGCUCGCGGACCUCGAGCUGCUGCGCGAAGCGAAGCGGGAGUUUGCCGCUCUGCAACUACCGUCGGAGGAGGAGCUGCAAUCUGCACUAUCAUGAAAUGAGAGUUUCAGCCGCUACGCACACGUUUUAACGCUUUAAGCUGGAUUCGAACCACGGGCCGAGCCGCUGGCUCAAACUUCGCUGACGAGCGUGGCACAAUGGCUGAUCGGCGACGAGCGUACCUGGGUGCUGCUUGAUUUGCUGGUACUGGGCCGCGUCAUGCUCCUCCGCGGAGCGGAUUGGCAGUUCAGUCAGUCGUGUCAUGGUCGUACUGCUGCUCAUGCGCAGUGGCCUGCUAGUAGGUGCGCGAUAUGACCUGCUCAAGGGAGCUUGUUGUCUAUUGCCUCAACUCUGCGGUGGCGUAGCGCGCCUGCCAUUACUUUGGUUUAACUGUAACCCUUUCACCCUCUCCACUCGAUGGCAGCCACGGACUCAUUUGCUCGAGAUAGUCUCGAUGCACUGGCUUAAACACCUGGCAUAUGUUGCUAAGCGCUACCCCUAACGCUUAAAAAAAGUUUAACUGCCAUGGCUUGUGAAGUCCCAGCUACGAACGCACAGUGCGAUGUAUCUCCAUUUUCCGUGACCUCAAGUGAUUAGUAUAGGAAGAGUUGGUAUCACUCAGAAAAGAUUUUUACCGACAGGUGUAAAUAAAUAAAAAGAAAUUUCGCUGUGGAACCGGGGUUGAGCUACACGUAGCCUAAAUGCAAAGGUCAAUGGACACGAAAAACUGAGAAAAAAAGCAACAGCGGAAAAUCAAGAACACGCACCGCUUGCGAGAAACAUUGAAGCACUGUCGUAAAGCGCUUAGAGCCUGAAAUCAUGACCUUUCAUAAAGUUCUUUGUACGGAGUUCCUGAAAAAAAAAAAGGUGAGCAGAAAUGCCUCACGCAUUCUUCUAGAGAUGGUUAGCGCAUUGCAGCAGCGUUUAGCGAAAAAAAUUGCGCUACACGUAAAGCAGUUCUGCUACCGCGAUGUUCGAAUAACAUACGUGCUUUCUUAUUGUUUCGAGCAAAUGUUAUAGUCAUUUUGUUUUGGUGCUCUUAAAUUUUGAGCCAUAAAUGUGCCAUCGAUGAACUCGUCUGGUACACGAGUUCGCGUGAUAGAAGUUGACUGCGUCGCUGCGAACGCUGUUGCGAACGUGGCUGGAAUCAAAAUUUCGAAAAUGUCUCGUUCAUUGUUGUGAGGAUGCUUUACUCCUGUUCAGAGACAGCCGUUCUUACGCGAGCUUGAACGUGGCGUUUGCAUAGUAGUAAAAACCGGAAUAUUGAUAGCUGUAAGGUCGCUCCUCGUCUUAUAUAGUUGUCUUUAUCACAUUGUAAGUCAUCGUUAGGCCAUGUCAAGGUCGACUUCUACUCCGGCCUGACUUACAUUCCGGUUUAUACGGUAGGUCUCAGCGACAGUGCCAAUUACCACCACGUUGUACACAUGCAUCAACAGGAGAGAUGAUGUCUUUCGUGCGCCCAGAGAAGUCUGUCUCGCUGAGUUACAGGGAGAAUUGUUGCGAACAUGGCUUCCUGUAAGCGCCGGUUAACAGGUACCACCCCCGCUUCUAAGGGGAUGCUCACGGUAUCCAUCUAUUCAGAAUUAACGAACGGAUUGAUUUGGUUUAACGUGCCAAAGAAACACGAGGGUCACGAGAAGGGCCGGAGUGAUCUGCUCCAAAUUAAUUUUGACAAUCCGUGCACGCAGCCCCACCGGGAUGAGUUCAUCGCGACCAGGAAUCGAACCCAUGACCUGGUACUUAGCAGCUGAACGGUACAGACACUGACUCCCUUCAAACCACAAUACGCCGAGGCAUUAUUCUGUUGCGCGACACUUCUUGGCGAAGAAAAAGGAGGAAGUUUAUGUCGCUGCGAGAACAUUUGCGUCCAGAGAUACGAGCACACAACCACAUAAUGCGAUUAAACAUCCUCAUAGAUUUGCUGAGCACAGCAUUAACCAAUGUGACCGGGACUCAGUAUUUGUGGAACUGGUUCUAUCAGGCACGAAAUCACUUUAGCAGCGAGUGCGAUGCCCGAAUCACGGAACGCCGGGCUCCAGGUUCGAUUCCACUUGUCAGACCACUUUAAUCCACUUUCUGCCUAUGCAACAUGACACAGCGGAAUGUAAAGAGUAGUACAUCAUGGUCUCUUAGUCCACAAGUUGCGCUGUUCAAAUGUGAAUGAGAAGGUUGUUGAAUGGAUUAGGGAAUACUUAAGUUUAAGGUGUCAUUAUGUCACAAUAAAUGAAGCCAAGUCAAAUGUAACGUCCGUCACGUCAGGCGUCCCACAGGGGUCAGUUUUGGGACCGUUGCUUUUUCUUGUGUUCAUUAAUGACAUAUCAGGGAAUAUUACUUCCCACAUGCGGCUCUUCGCUGAUGACUGUGUAGUCUACAGAGAAGUGAAACAUUCCCAGGAUUCGCUUGCUUUGCAGGAAGAGCAAAAUACAUUGCACCGGUGGUGCGAACAAUGGCACAUGAAUAUAAAUUUGCAAAAAACAGUGCACAUGUGUUCUAAGAGGAAAAAGAAUGUACCUAAGUACGUCUGUAACAUAAAUGCCCACCUAUUGGAAACUGUUCUCGAACAUAAGUAUUUAGGUGUGUACAUCACCACAAAACUAUGUUGGCAGCGACAUGUUGAUUAUGUUGCUGGGAAAGCUUGCAAAAUGUUGGGUUUUUUGCGCCGUAACACGAGAAUGUUUCCGAAAGACUCUAGGGAUUUACUAUUUAAAACGUAUAUUAGGUCCGCGUUGGAAUAUGCUUAUACUGUAUGGGACCCGCCGACAAAGACCGACAGACAAAAAUUAGAAAGAAUCCAGAACUUAGUGGCCCGCUAUGUUUCUGGGAAUUAUAAUAGAUGCAUUAGUGUGUCUGGCAUAAAACAGGAAUUAGAAUGGGAACCCCUUGAAGUAAGAAGAAGAAAGCUAAGGCUUAAAUUUUUUCAUAACAUAUAUUACGAUAAGAUUGCUAUUCCUAGGGAGAAGUACAUUUUUUAUAUACACUACAGAUCCGAGCGGGUUGAUCAUAACCAUAAAGUGCGUGAAUUCAGGUCAAGAACCGAUAUGUUCAAGAUGUUUUUUCCUCACACUGUUCGGCAAUGGAAUGCUUUAUCUUCAUUUCUUGUUAGUAUAACUGACAAUGAAGUGUUUGCAUUGUCA